AUGCUUUCUAAGGCAUUGUGGGCAUUCAGGACUUCACAGUGGACUAGCACGGGCACUACGCCUUUUACGUUGACAUACGGUCAUGACGCAGUGCUACCUGUUGAGGUUAGCGUAAGGUCAGCACAGGUAGCAGUCCAACAGGGACUCACGCCAACGACCUACAGUGAGGCAAUGAUGGCCGAGCUUGAUGAUCUAAAAGAGGAGCGCUUGGCCGUACUGGACAGGAUGCAGGUUCAGAAGAGGAAGGUUAUAGCCAUCUACAACAAGAGGAUGUGCCCGAAGCACUUCCAAGAAGGAGACAUCAUCUUGAAGGCCAUACUUCUGAUUGGAGCAAAGGAUCCCAGACUGGGCAAAUGGUCCCCUACAUGGGAAGGACCCUUUACGGUCUGCCAAGUGCUCCAGGGUGGGGCCUACAGGUUGCAUGACUUGGAAGGCUACAUCCAGAUCAGGACAAUCAAUGGCAAGUUCCUCAAGGCCUUUCAUCCUAUGAUUUAA